CCAAUCAGAGAGUCACCUGACGAGGCCGUCUCAAACCCCCCUGGCAGCAGGCCCACGUUUGCAAGGCUCGCUCAUAAACAGCCGAUAUCCGACGAAGAUCAAACCCUUGACAACAGCUAAUGAAGCGAACUCGUUCUCAAGUCUCGCCGACAAUGUCUCCCGGCGCAAACAAUGAAGGCUUUGACGCCCACGUCAACGGUCACACCAAUGGGAUUGAUGGCAAUGUGGAAAACGCCGUCAUUGUUGGUGCUGGUCCUGCCGGGUUGAUGCUGGGGGCAAAUUUGGCACGAUAUGGUAUCAAGUCCAGGAUCGUGGACGACAGGGACGAUAAGACGUCGACUGGAAGAGCAGAUGGGUUGCAGCCAAAGACCAUCGAGACAUUCAAGCAAUUACGCUUAGCAGAUCCCUUGUUGCAGAAGGGUGUCAAGAUUUACGAUAUAUGUUUCUGGAGUUCAUCAACUACAAAACCUCUCCACCGAACCAGAAGAGAAGUCCACUAUCCUUCUGACCUUGAUGUGAAAGAUCCAUUCAUCCUCCUUGUGCAUCAAGGAAUGGUCGAGGAUAUUUUCAUCGAGGACAUGAAGGAAAGGGGCAUCGAAGUUACCCGAAGCUCACCUUUCCAACGUUACGUGGCAACUCAAGAUCCUCAAGCGCCCAUUGAAGCCAUCUGCCAGGACAACAAGACUGGGUCGAGUCGAUCAUUCAAGACCAAGUACCUUGUUGGUUGUGACGGCGCCCACUCCAAUGUUCGGAGAAGCAUUGCAGGUGCACAAAUGAUUGGCGAGAGCAGCAACUCGAAAUGGGGUGUGCUUGAUGGUGUCAUCGAGACCGACUUCCCAGACUUGUGGAGCAAGGUCGUAAUCCACUCAGAAACUGAAGGGACCGUUCUUUGCAUUCCACGAGAACGAAACAUGACGAGGCUGUACAUUGAGCUUGACCGUAAUUUACAAGACAGUGUUCCCACUGAAGCGACCCAAGACUUUGUCAUGAAUCAAGCUCGAAAGAUUCUGGCACCUUUCUCAGUGGAGUGGACCAGUGUUGAAUGGUUCAGUGUCUACAAAGUCGGACAGCGGGUAGCUAGCACGUUCUCGGCGGAGAACGACAGAGUCUUUAUCACUGGUGAUGCCGGUCACACUCAUUCCCCCAAAGCCGCUCAAGGUAUGAACACGUCGAUGCACGACACCUUCAACCUCGGAUGGAAACUUAACCUCGCCAUUCGCGGCCUUGCCACCCCGGACCUUUUGUCCACGUACCAGCACGAACGACGCAAGAUCGCCCAAGACCUGAUCAACUUCGACUUUGAACACGCCGCCGCCUUUGCCGAUGGCGACUCCAAGGCUCUGGCGGACAACUUUGCUACCAACGUCGGCUUCAUCUCCGGAGUCGGCGUCAAGUACGGAGCCAACGUGCUCAAUUACCCGGAGAAGCUGCCCCGUGGGGUUCUUCGCGCGGGUGAACUCAUGGCUCCCGCCCAAGUGACUCGCUAUAUCGACGCCAACCCCGUCGACGUCCAACUCGACAUCCCCAUGCUGGGCCAAUUCCGUGUGUACUUUUUCGUCCCCGACGUUCACACGGCCAAGACGUUCUUGGAUUCCGUAUGUUGCUACGUCUCCUCGACCAAUUCUGUUCUCGGUCGCGCGACAGCUGCAGCUGCCAAGUCUCAUGCGCAGCUCAACCUCCCCCCGGUCGAGUCGGACAACUUCAUCCAACCCGGGCGCUACACGGCGACGUCGCACCUUUUCACAUUCGCCACGGUGACGGGGAUGCAAAAGUCGAGUGUCGAGAUUGCGGACUUGCCUCCCCUCUUGCAGAAGAGCAGGUGGACGUUCUACAUGGACGAUCUGAAGGAUCAAAAGACUGGAAAAUCGUGCACCGAAAAGUGGCUCGGUCCCGUCGCGGCAGAUGAGAUUGCAAUCGUCAACAUCAGACCUGAUGGCUAUGUGGGCAGUGUUGGACGCUUCAACGGUAAUGGUGAUGGUGCGGAUGCUUCAGAAUGGCUAGACGCGUAUUAUGGUGGAUUCUUAAGGGCAUGA